AACUUAAAAAUUGUUUAGGUAAAAACAUCAGAAAUGAAUAUCCAAAUCUUAAUCCCCGCGAAAGAGUGAGUGUUUUUAAACAAGCCCAAAAGGAACUAGAAGAUUUUUACAAGAUGUGUGAGUUGGAAAUGGUAAUGUUUAUUCUUUAUAAAAAAAGAAAACAAGAAAUCGACUAUUUAAUCAAAGAAACAGAGAGAAGAAUAGAAUUGGAGAAUGCACUAAAAAGCAAAAACACUGAUGGGUUAGUUGCUUUGAAAAAUAGAAUAAUUAAAUCCGAAAAAGAUGUAGUUGAAUCAAAAGCAGAAAAAGAACAAUGUAGUAAAGAACUGAUUGCUUUGAAGGAAACAAAUAAAGAAUUAUGA